AACUCUACAAUUACCCAUUUCGUCAUAUUUGGGGCAAAGUCUGCCCACCGAGUUGCUCCCUUUCUUUCGUCGAGCUCGCACGAUAGCUCACAUCUCAAAGCGGCGAAGGCAAACGACAGCAAGUGGCUCGACUGGCAAGCCCUUCCUCUCGCGUUGUGUAUACUACGGGUGUCGUGCCAUACAGGAAGACAGUGAAAGACGAUGUCGCAGCAGGUCAAGGACGUCUAUUCGGGCAUCAAGAAGAUCUUCCCGGGCUCUCGUCGCAGCGGGAGCUUCUCGUUCACUGGGCGCAUGAGCGCCACCAGUCUAGACGCGGAACUAUCGGCCGAAGCGCAGGCCGCAGCUCGCGAGAAACCGUCCAAGAAGAAGGAGGGACGUCACUCGAGCUUCUCGUUCUCAGGCUGGAAAGACAAACGCGCGUCGUCAGAGCCCACGCCGCCUGUUGUCAUGUCACUCCCCUACGGAGCACAAGCUGCUACGCCCAAGGCCAAUAAGGCAACAGAGGACGGCGAACGCAACUCCCUCACUCAGACACUGAGCAAUGCCUUCCACUCGGCUCCCAGUCGCAGUCUCUUCGGCAGUGGCAAGGGCAGCAAAGUGGCCAGCAAAGAGCGUUCCAGUCGCAGCAGUCGCAACUCGAGCAGUUCCAAUGACGCUCCGUCGCAUUCCUCCUUCUCCACGUCCUUCGAGCCUCCUAAGCUCGGCAGUAGAAGUGUCAGUGCAGGAGGCGACCGUCCUCCCUGUAUGGGCAACCGGACACUGCGCAACAGUGGCGUCCAUGGCAACAUGGCGCUCCAGCUUCAACCUGGAGCGACACUAAGCGCCCCGCCCUCUGGAGGCAGCUCCAACAAUCGAUAUGGACAACGGACUCAGGUUCGCCACAGUUUGGCCAGUUUCAGUACCGUAAAGACCGCUCCGUCCUCGUACCAGUCAAGCUCCACCUCCUUCUCGGACCUUACAGCGCCUACGGCCAUGCCUUCUCACGGUCGGGCUUCCUUGCAGCCAUCGGACCUCAAUCCGCAGCAGAAUAGUACCGUAUUCUCGCCGGAGAAAAGCAAAAAUGGCAAAAAGCGCGUGAAAAAAGAGCGUGGCAUGUCGCUGUCGUUCUCUUCUUCUGCUAGAAAGGAGAAGAAGAAAGAAGAAGCAGAACUUGCUAAACGCGCGUCGUACUCCAAGAACGAGCAGGCAGUUGUCAAGCCCCACGCGUCCACGUGGGACUCGGACAGUGACGACGACUACGAGGACACCAAGCGGCCGACGCGUGGCCUCGACCGUCGCUCGCAGAGUAUGGACUUCAUGGAGCAAGCGCCCACUCACCUCAUCUCGAAAAUCUGGCGCAAGUUGCCGAUCCAGGCGCGUCUUAUCGGCGGGCGUGGCAACGUCGAUCUUGAUUUGCAAAAAGACCGCACGAGUUUUUCACGAAGUUCCGAGGCGCGCAAAUUUGCACUUGCAGCCGAAAAGGCAAAAGCGGCCGAGUUGCAUCGUCGCUCUAUUUCGGGACGCAAAGUACCGAGUCCCGUACCUACCGAGGAAGUACUGUCGCCAGGAGUUGCUAAACGUACACGGUUCAGUUUAAAACCGACGAUUAUCCUAUCGGACGCCAACGACGGCGCUGCUGGUGCUUACACUGCAUUGGAGAGCUACGACGAUGUGCUGGUGCGCGUGUGCAAGUUUGCGGCUCACGAUCAGCGACCCACGACCACGAAGGUGCAGGAGUUCCUCGAACGCUCCAUGGCUUUCCUUCACGGUACUCGUACGAAACACGGUAAUGUGGUGAAUAUUUCGAAUGAGGAGAUCCGCAUGUGGCGUCGACUGGCGCUUCACGACUGGAUGCUCGAGGAAGUGACGACGGCUCAGGCCGCUGCGGCUCUGGGUGUUAAGGGCAAAGACGUCGAGGCGCCGUCGUCGCGCACCAGCUCUGCCGUGACGGAGGGCACUGAUAGUGAUAGUGACGGUCAGUCGAGGACUCGUCGGAGACUGAAGAGCUUAUCGUUUCACCGAUCACUUAGCGAGAGUGUGGUCGAGGAGGAGCCCGAGGAAGAGGAAGAAGAGGAGGAGCUGGAAGUGCCGUCCAACGUGAAAUUCGACAAGCUCUGCGCCGUGGUCAACUGCUGCGUGAACUUCGGUGAAGUUCUCUUCUCGCCCGAUGAGAUUGGCGAUUUGGUGCGUCUCGAGUUCAUCGUGGAGGAGGACGGAUGGAUCUAAGAAAGUUGGGGAAAAAAAAAACUUAAGGAGAUUUUUUUAGUUAUAAGUGAAGGAAACAACGAAAUAUGAAACCGAAAACGUUUGGCAAAUACUGGAAACAGUUCGUAACUUGAUGCACGACUGACAAAACGCCA